GCGGCGCGGAGAUAAAAUUAGCGCAGCGCGAGGAGCGCGGCUCGCAAUGCCCGGCUCACACCAACCCGCAGCACGCGCGCUCCGCACACCCCGCGCACACUGCAGCCGCUGCACACGCGGCGAGGACGAGGAGGAGGAGGAGCGGCGCUGGUGCUAACGAUGCCGAAUAAACGCCGCGCGGCGCAAUGAAGAAGUCUUGGCGACGAGUCCGUGCCCUCCUCGCCCGGCUCGCGAGGCUGCGCUCGGGGCUCGUGGAGCGGCGGCACCUGGGACCCGCAUAGCGGCACCUGAGACCCGCAUAGCGGGCACUGCGCUCCGGCGCGGCGAGGAGAGAACGAAUCGAGGAGUGAGAGGAGGAGGAGGAGGAGGCAGAGUCGUGGGAGGGUCGCGCCGCAGCGCGGCUCCCGGGGAGGCGAUGCCGCGGCGAGGCGAGGUGGCUGCGUGAUGAGCCGCGGGCGGCGUGCCGGGCUCUCAGCACACUCGGGCCCGCGCUGAGGCGAGCGGCACGGGGGGAAGAUGGGGGAAUGGACCAUCCUCGAGAGACUGCUGGAGGCUGCCGUGCAGCAGCAUUCCACCAUGAUCGGCAGGAUCCUCUUGACAGUCGUGGUUAUUUUCCGGAUCCUGAUAGUGGCGAUUGUGGGAGAGACCGUCUACGAAGACGAGCAGACGAUGUUUGUGUGUAACACCCUCCAGCCGGGCUGCAACCAGGCGUGCUACGACAAGGCGUUUCCCAUCUCGCACAUCCGCUACUGGGUCUUCCAGAUCAUCAUGGUGUGCACGCCCAGCCUCUGCUUCAUCACCUACUCGCUCCACCACUCGGCCAAGGCGCGGGAGCGUCGCUCCUCGGUGCUGCACGCGCUGCUGCUGCAGGACAAGGAGAUCCUGCACGACCUCUCGCCCGAGAAGCGAGACGACAGCAAGAAGACGAAGAACUCCAUGCUGAACGGCAUCCUGCUGCAAAACACCGAGAACUCGUCGCGCGAGCCGGAGGGCCACGAGGUGAAGGAGGUCAUGCACCCGACGCCGCUGAUGCGGACGAGCAAGCUGAGGGGCCGCAGGCAGGACGGCAUCUCACGCUUCUACAUCAUCCAGGUGGUGUUCCGCAACGCGCUCGAGAUCGGCUUCCUCACGGGGCAGUACUUCCUCUACGGCUUCAACGUGCCGCCCAUGUUCGAGUGCGACAGAUACCCGUGCAUCAAGGAGGUGGAGUGCUACGUGUCGCGGCCCACCGAGAAGACCGUCUUCCUCGUCUUCAUGUUCGCCGUGAGCGGCCUCUGCGUCGUCCUCAACCUGGCCGAGCUCAACCACCUGGGCUGGCGCAAGAUCAAGCAGGCGGUGCAGGGCGUGCAAGCGCGGCGCAAGUCCAUCGGCGAGAUCCGCUCUCAGGGUGGCCCCGUCGGCUUCGGCCGCACGCACUCCAGCGAGUCGGCCUACGUGUGACGGUGGGCCGCGACCGCUGCCCGCAGGCCCUCGUGGGCCCUCGUGGGGCCGCGUGGGGCCGGGCACAGCGCCUCCCCUCCCCCCACCCGCCACUGCAGCGAGGAGGGAGCGACGCCGGCCUCUCGGGACGAGCCAUUCUCACGGUGACGGUGUCCACCGCUAUCGGCGUCGUCGUCACGAUAAUGAUGAUGAUGAUGACGCCGCC